AUGUUUCUCCCAGUCCUCACUCUGCUCCUGGCCGGACAGGGCCUCUGCGCGCCCCCAACCAUCAAGGCCCGACAGUUCUCCGCGAAGGCCUUCUGCUCGUCGUCCGAUUUCACUUACAAGCUCAGCCCCAUCAGCGCGCCCGUCAGCGGCGCGGGCGGCAACUCGACCGGCAAUGCGACCUCGACAUGGAGCCUGACCGUCGACGACACGUCGGCCGGCCACAAGCAGACCGUCAAGGGUUUGGGGGGCGCGGUGACGGAUGCCACGGUCACGGUCAUGAACGCGCUGUCGGCCGACAAGCGCUCCCAAUUGAUCAGGGAGCUGCUGACGUCUGACGGCGCCGACUUCAGCAUGUUACGCCACAGUAUCGCCGCCUCGGAUCUGUCGAGCCCUCCUGCUUACACGUACGACGACAGCAAUGGCACCGCGGAUACGAGUCUGAGCGCUUUCUCAUUGGGAGACAGCGGGACGGCCAUGGCGGAGAUGCUCGCGGAGAUGCGAAGUGUCCAGUCGGAUUUGACCAUCUUGGGCAGCGCAUGGAGUCCGCCGGGCUGGAUGAAGCUCAAUAGGAUGCUUGUGGGCAAUGCAACCGACAACAAUCUUGACCCGCAGUACUACAGCCAGUACGCGCAAUACUUCGUCAAGUACCUGAAGGCGUACGCGGCUCGCGACGCCACGAUAGACGCCAUCACGAUCCAGAACGAGCCGCUGAACAACCAGGGCGGCGGCCAAAUCUCCAUGUACCAGGCCGCCGACGAGGCCGGAUCAGUGACGCAGAACUACGUCGGCCCGGCCCUGCGCGCGGCCGGGUUCGAGACCGAGAUCUGGGCCUACGACCACAACACUGACCAGCCCGCUUACCCACGCACCGUCAUCGACACGGCGGGCGAGUACGUCCAGGCCGCGGCGUGGCACUGCUACGCGACGGACCUCGACUGGACCGUCCUCACCGACUUCAAGAACGACUACCCGGACAAGGCGCAGUACAUGACCGAGUGCUGGACGGCGCCGUCGACGCCGUGGUACCAGUCGUCGAGCAACACGAUCGGGCCGCUGCAGAACUGGGCCGAGGGCUCCAUGAUGUGGACGCUGGGCACGUGGACCGAGGCGGCCGACGGCACCUUCGGGCCCUACAUCCCGGGCGGGUGCAACACGUGCCGCGGGCUGUUCAUCGUCGACAAGGACGCCGGCACGUACGAGUUCACGGUCGACUACUACAUGCUGGCGCAGGUCUCCAAGUUCAUCCCGAAGGGCGCCACCAUCCUCGACGGCUCGGGCAGCCAUAGCUAUGAUGGGUACUCCGGCAUCCAGUCGGUUGCUUCGCUGAACCCGGAUGGGACGCGCACUGUGGUUAUUGAGAAUACCUUUGGCAACGACGUCUAUGUCACGGUGGACACGAAGAGUGGCGAGACUUGGAGUGGGACUGUUCCUGCUAACAGCGUUGUGACUUGGAUAUUACCGUGA